AUGCAUGCAACAAUAUUCUUAAUCAAUGGUGGCGUUAUGGAGAAAUUGGGACAGCCAAAGCUAAUCUUGUUGCUGGGAGAUGAAUUGGCAGAGGACUGUCUGAUUUCUGUCACACGAGAGGACCAAACAUGGCCAUCAUGGCAGCUCGUGGGGGCAAUUCUCGGGGUGGACAUCAUCGCCACUGUGCUCUGUGUGUUCAGGUGGUUAUCGGGAGGCACUUUCGAGGAAACCAGCCCUCCCGAUCCUGCCACCUUCUCCGAUGGCGCGACUAGCACUGUCGCCGUGGUCGUCGUUUGGAGUUGUUCAGCAUGUGUGACCAUCGUUGUUGCCACUGUCUACUACCUCCUCGCACGCCUCACAUGGCUACACCUCACAUGGCUACAGCAUCUCGGACGGACCUCUCAUUCGAAGGCAGAGGUGAAGAUGGAGCACCUCGUCAGCCGACCUUUCAAGAUCUCUAUUCACCGAGAAAGGAAUCCUCUGUCUGAAAUUGAACUUUUUGUUCUGAGGCAACGACCGGAAGAUGUCGAUAUGGACGAUUAG